CACACACACACACACACACACACACGCUGGUCCGCGGUGGCUUUGUGGAGGUCUAGUCUGGUUCUCGCUGUAUCAGUGUGAGCCCCGGGAGUGUCGCGAGCCUUCACCGCUGCUCCAGAACCGCCUAGGAGAGAGCAGGGGAGCUUCUCAAGGGGGAACGGGAGGAUGUCGAAUUGAGAACCGCUUCUCCUCCGCUGGCUCUUUUCUUGAAUGGUUCGCAGACCGCUGGAGGGUGUUCGGGGAACUAGAGAUCCAGGAAGUGAUGCCCAGUUCACUUGAAGUUGGAACAUGCCGGAAAACAAGCACCACAGAGGAAGGGAGGGGGAAGCAGAGCCAUAAGAAUCCUCAGUCUGCGCCUUCUGGUGUCCCUGUGCAGCUCAAAGGAGGCAGACGCUGCUCGUGGAUUAUGGGUACAACUGCCAGCGCAGCUCCACAGCCAGCAGCACCUCCGCUUGAAAGUAUCCAUGGCGACGAGAUGGCAGACAGCAGGCGGUCACUGAGCAUCAACUCCUUUCAGACAGUCAACAUUCACAGCAGCAAGGCCAAGUCCAUCAUCACCAACAAGGUGGCACCCGUUGUCAUAACGUACAACUGCAGACAGGAAUUUCAGAUCCAUGAUGACUUGCUCAAAACAAAUUACAAAGUUGGCAGGAUUUCCGACACGAUGCCUGAACAUUACCUCGUUCAGGGUACAUAUUUCAUGGUGCAGGAUGUGUACAGUAAAGCAGAUGUCCUAAAUACUAUGGGUACACAUGGAGCCCCUAACUUCCGUCAGGCCAAGGGUCAGUAUCCCCUCUUUGGGAUGGGACAGCCCAGCCUCAACGGCUUCAAGCAGGUUCUCCAGAGACUGCAGAGCCAAGGCCAUGAGGAGGUUCUGUUUUUCUGUGUGAGAGAAGAACCAGUUGUCUUCCUGCGUUGCGAGAACGACUUUUUGCCUUACACUCCCCGGAGGAAGGAGAACCUGCAUGAGAACUUGCAUGGACUGAAGAAGGAUGUCAGAGUAGAAAGCCUGGAGCUGACCAUCAGAAAGGAGCUCCAUGACUUCGCUAAGCUCAAUGAGAAUGUGUACUACGUCUACAGUGACAUUGAACACUUUAAGGAUGAGCCACAGCACAUCACCAUCACCUGCGAGGAGGACAUUCAUGUCACUGAAGAGGUCUACAAGAGGCCCAUUUUCACAUUGCCUUCCAACAGGUAUUACCGCCUCCCCUUGCCAGUCGAAGGAGCCCCACUUGAGGAGGACUUUGAUGCCUUUGUCACCGUACUCAGGGAAUGUCCGAGCCUGCUGUUCACCAGGGAUACGUCCCGGGCCCUGCCGGCCCUGGUCUUCAGCUGCCAGGUGGGGGUGGGCCGUACCAACCUGGCCAUGAUCCUGGGCACCCUGGUCAUGUUCCAGCUAAAGGGAAGACCUGACGAAUCCAAAACAGAGGAGAGUGCGGACUCGUUGAGACCGCACUUCCAGGUCAUCCAGAGCUUAAUCAGCAGGCUGCCUAAUGGCCAGCAGGUCAUUGAGGAGGUGGACAGAGCGAUCUCCCUGUGCUCAGAAAUGCACAACAUCAAGGAGGCGAUCUAUGACAACAAGAAGAGACUGGAAGCCGUCGGAGAGGAUUAUCAGAUCCAGGGAAGUGGCACCAAAGAGUAUUUCCUUAACAGGACCUUGCAGAGCCUUGAGCGGUACUUCUACCUGAUAGCGUUUAACGCGUACCUUCACCAGCAGUACCCAAUGGGCUUUGCGUCCAGCUUCAGCCAGUGGAUGUGUGCUCACCCAUGGAUCUACAGACUACUGGCUCGCAUGAACCUCUCUGAGCUCUCUGCGCCAGCAGAUCUUGUCACUAAAGGAGCCAGGGUGUUGGUGGCCGAUGAAUACUUGGCCCCGGACGUCCUCAGCACAGUGAAGGAGAUGAAGGUGGCCAACUUCAGACGGGUCCCGAAGAUGCCGGUCUAUGGGAUGGCCCAACCCACGUCAGAGGCCACGGGAGCCGUGCUGACCUACCUGGCGGACGAGAAGCGGAAGCACACGCACAUGCUGUGGGUGAACGUGCAGGAGGAGCUGGUGCUGGAGGGGAACGGCCAGGUUUUCACCCCUCGAGAGCCAUGCUGCCUGGACCAGAACAUCCCCAUGCAGACCAGUGACCCUCAAGUCAUUGAGAAACUAGAGACUGCUGUGAAAGAAGAUAUUCUGAAAUCCCAGAAGUGGCUUGAGGUGACCCUGGAGCAGGAGAAGCAGAUGAAGAUGUUCAAGACCUGUCUGACGGUGCAGGAGAUCUUCAACCAGCACAAGAGUGUUUAUGAGGGCCUAGUGUACCAGCGCAUUCCGCUGCCUGACUGCUGCGCACCGUGGGAGGAGGAUUUUGACAGGCUGUUGGAGGCCCUGAAGGGCAGCUUAGCUGAAGACUCAUGCUCCGCCUUUGUGUUCAACUGUCACGACGGCAAGGGCCGGACCACCACGGCCAUGGUCAUCGCCACCAUGACCCUCUGGCACUUUAACGGCUUCCCUGACUUUGGUGACGACGAGAUCGUCAGCGUUCCGGAUGCCAAGUACACCAAGGGGGAGUUUGAGGUGGUGAUGCAGCUGGUCAGGCUGCUGCCUGAUGGUCACCGCAUGAAGAGGGAGGUGGACAUGGCUCUAGAUGCGGUCAGCGAGACCAUGACUCCCAUGCAUUAUCACCUGAGAGAGAUCAUCAUCUCCACCUACAGACAGAUUAAGACUGGCAAAACGGAAAAGGAGAUGCAGUGCUCGCUGCUGAAGAGCCUGCAGUUCCUCGAGCGGUACAUGUACCUCAUCCUGUUCAACACCUACUUGCACCUGGAAAAGAAGGACUCCUGGCAGCGGUCUUUCAGCCAGUGGAUGUACCAGGUGGCCACCAGUGCUGGGGUGUACUCCAUCCUGGACCAGCUGGGCUUCUCGGAGUUUGAGAACCCCAAAGACACGCCGCUGUCACGGCUCCGCAGCCGCUGGCAGCAGCAGAGUAACCAGCCACUAUCCUUCAGGGGCGAAUUCCUCUGAGGUCUGGCCGAGCGUCUGUAGGGCCGCCUUCCAGUCGCAUACUGAGAUGCCUUCGAUUGGCCAGAUCCCAUCCGCAGGGUUCCUGUGUCAUGGAAAACAACGCCUCUGUAGGAAAGCUGCCAGUUCUGAUACCUUAUCAUUUUUAAAGGAUUUUUAACGUUCUUUUUAAGUAGAAGCGGCUGAUUAACGAGAGAGGAAGUGUGAAGGAAUAGCGGGGGGUGUUGAUUAUCCAAUGGACACACAGAAGCUUAGAAAUAUUGGUUUUCCUUAUAAUCUCCUGUCAAAGCUAUUCUGCAGCAUCAUCACUCCUAGCAGAUGUUUACCUCAUUCCAUAUGCUGGGCGCAGGCAGAGGGGAAGUACUUAGAAUUAACAAUUUAGAGUUUUAAUUUACUACUUAAUCUAAUGUUACUGUAUGUGGACAUGUUGUCUCCCAAUGUUUAUUGCCUGUCAUCAGUCAUCAUCAUCAGUUUUUUUGAAAGAGAUGGAAUUACGGAUACACUAUGAGGCUACAUUGUAAAAUGUGCUUUACUUUAAAUGUUACAUUUAUGUGCUGAUUCCAGUCUUUCACAGAAAUGUUGCUUGAGGAAUUGCUAGUAUUAGAUCAAGUUAUUAACGCAUUUAAACAGACUUCUCAGUGUUAUGUAAGCAAAGUCACGAUACAUCAGGCUUGUGACAAACUCUGUUUUUUUCAAUGAAUACAAUCACAAUAGUUCUCAUUUUACUUUUGAGACCCCAGUUGUAAGACCAGAACUUAAAACAUGUCUGCUUUUAAUUUUAUUCUGUAUUUGCAUGAAAAAUUACAUCAUCUUUGUUUUUUUUUUAAGAUUAAAUGGACAUAUUUUGUACAAAAAGGCCUUUGAUAGAUAUGCACAUCAGUCAUUUACACAUUUUGUAAAUAGGUCAUAACAAAGUCUGCAAAAACAUUUUUUCACAUUUAUAUGCUAAUUUUGGUUUCAAGCAUUAAGGUUCAUUAACUAAAUAUCCGUAGCAUAGUUAUUUUAAACAUCACAAACCCAUUUUGCCAAAAUGUGAGAUGUUAACAUGAAGGAUGGAGAUGGUGUCAUUCCACACGUGUGAUGUUUGUUGAGCAAAUUUAUGAAUUUAAAUAAGUCCAGAUUUACAACAUAAUUACGUAAUACAUAAUUACGUAAUACGUAAUUACUCCGAUUCCUCAGAAGAGGGCCAUCCCAGAAGAUCACAUGCAAGUGUCGCCACUGCAGUGAAUGAGGACCAUAAAGUCGCAGUUUAACAAACUUAAAAAGCGCUGAGGAACCAUGGGAUGAAUUACGUGAUGUUUAUCAGAAAAGCGUCCUGCCUUGUAAAAAUGGGAGCACUAAAACACUGCAAUAUGUGUAACGUGAUAACCAAAAAAAAAAAAAAUUUUACUAAUUAUAAGGAAAAAAAUUCUUGGUAAUUCAAAUAGAAGUUACUUUAGUUUGGAGUUGAAGAGCCAGCCAUGUUUUCCAGCUUCUUCUUUGACCAUUUAAGUGUUUUAUUUCGUCCCAAGUCUGCUUUGAAUUAGGCCGGGGAUUGAGGUUUUAUUGUACAUCCAUGAGAAUCUGGCUCCACUUCAGUCGACGGUGAAACGGCAGGACAGGGCUGAGGAGGUGUGGGGGGGGGGGGAAGAAGAGAGAUCUCCAUGACUUGCUCCCAUAAAGAGCCGUUUUGUUUUGUGACAUCAUCGGACUCACUGAAGUAAUUAAAUUACAGAGCAUAUGCCAUUGACUUAUAGCUGGAAACUGCUGAUGCAGCAAAAAGCAGGAGGGGGAUUGUCAUGAGAGCUGGGGCAUGUAACAUCUGGGGUCUCAUUUGCCUUUUAUAAUUAUAAUCCUAUGAAGUCCACAGUCCAGGGCAAAUAGGCCCAACUUUUCAGAUGCAUCCAUUUACAGAUGCUGCUUUCUAUGUACCGUACAUGUGGGAGGACACAUCAUAUGCAUGGUCUUGCCAUUUAUUUUCCCUGCAAGUUUAACACAAAAAUGUCUUAUUUUUUACAGAAAUGUAUUAUAAGCAAUUUAAGUUCACAUUGUCCGUCUACGGGUCUGCUGCUUUUGCAGGGUUUUCCUACAACAGUGAUUUGGAUGAAACAGUCUCAUCAUUACAGUGUCUGUGAAGAAACUGGGAAGAUAUUUAAUUGGGUGUAAAUUUCUUUUUGAGCUUGAAUAAUGGAUGUUUUCACACAUCUCCGUCGUCUAUGUCCCACACUCUACCCAUGAAAAACGGCUGAAUUCAAAUGCCAGAUAUUUCUUUUAAAUUUGGACGUUUUAAAUUUUCUGCUAAGAGAGGCUUUAAAAUGGCAAUAAUGUCAGACAUACAGCUCUGUGCGGUCGCUGCAAUGUUUUACAUGGAUGUUAAAUGGCUUCUGUGAUAAGAGGGAAUGGAUUCAAAAUCGCCAUUCAUCCUCAAGUGAAUUCUAUAUUUAUACUAAAAGCAAAUAAAAUGCAGUGCCUUCUGAAAAGCUAGCCUUGUUGCUACUUUGGUAGGAAAGUCCACACUUUGUCGAGAGAUGCCGGGUUGUAUUAAAUAUUGGACAUCAUUGUAUUUCAUUUUACAUUGCUACGUUUUUUUUUGCAAAAUAAAAGAUGAAAAAACGUUA